AUGGCUACCAUCAAAAUUGCUAUAGCUUUAGUUCUAAUUAGCCUGCUCUUCCUUGUUGCACUUGCUUAUGCAUCCAAUGCAAAGUCUCUGAAAUCUUGUGGGUUUGAUGCAAUUUAUCAGCUUGGUGAUUCGACAUCAGACACAGGCAAUUUGAUCCAGGAGAAACCUUCAUCUGUAUGUGCUCAGUUUCCUUAUGGCGAGACCUUUUUCAAUAAGUCCACUGGUCGAUGCUCAAAUGGGAUGCUGAUGAUUGAUUUUAUUGCGCGUUCGGCCGGUGUUCCAUUCCUUGAUGCCUACUUGAAUCCGAGUGGAAAUUUCACUAGCGGCCAUGGAGUGAAUUUUGCAGUUGCUGGCUCCACUGCCUUGCCUGCCAAUGUUCUUGCCGAAAAGAAAAUCUUACCACUUACCAAUAGUUCUCUUAGCUUCCAACUUGACUGGAUGUUCAGUCAUUUCAAUUCAAUCUGUUUCAAUGAGCAAGAUUGCGUUGAAAAACUUAAAAAUUCCCUCUUCAUUGUUGGGGAGAUCGGAGGCAAUGACUAUGACUACGCAUAUCUUCAGGGUAAAACAAUGGAGGAGGUAAAACACCUGGUGCCUGAUGUUGUUCUAGCCAUCAAAGAUGCCGUUACGAGAGUUAUUGGCUAUGGUGCUAGACGUGUGAUUGUCCCUGGAAUUUUUCCAAUCGGUUGUUCUCCAAUCCAUCUUACUGGAUUCCAGAACAACAAUACCGACGCUUAUGAUAAAUUUCACUGCCUAAAAGGAUUGAAUAACUUCUCUGCUUAUCAUAACGAUCAUCUUAAACAAGCCAUUGAAGAAUUGAAAAAGGAACACCCUAAAGUGGCCAUUGCAUAUGCUGAUCAUUAUAAUGCAUUUCAAUGGAUUUUGAGUCAUGUUUCAUCGCUUGGUUUUGAUGCCAAAUCGGUACAAAAGGCUUGUUGUGGGACUGGAGGAGAUUAUGGAUUUAAUCUUAAGAAAUUAUGUGGAGCUCCUGGUGUACCGAAUUCAUGUGAUGCAAUUGAUGAUGUACCCAAACUCGAGCAAUGCAGGCUCAAUGCAAUAUAUAAUUUUGGGGCUUCAUUGUCAGACACAGGCAACCAAAUUAUAGAGAUUCCUCAGGUUUGGCAUACCAAACUUCCCUAUGGCCAAACCAUUCAUAAUCCAACCGGCAGAGCCUCUGAUGGAUUGCUGAUUAUUGAUUAUAUUGCAAAAUCAGCCGGUCUUCCCUUCCUCGAGCCCUAUUUGAAACAUCAAGAUGCAACAAAUGGUGGAGUGAACUUUGCAGUCGGUGGUUCUACCAUCUUGUCCACGAAAUUUCUUGCAGAAAACAACAUCUCUAAUCUGUUUGUUAAGAGUCCUCUUGAUGUACAACUUCAAUGGCUGGAAAAAUAUUUAAAAGGAUAUUGUCAUGAUGCCAAAGAUUGUCAAGAGAAACUUGCAUCAUCUCUAUUCACAACUUUUGCUGGAGGCAAUGACUAUAUCAAAGCAUUCAAGCAAAAUAAAACUAUUGAUGAGGUAAAGAAAGUCCUGGUGCCUGCAUGUGUUGAAGGCUUAAAGCAUGCUGUUGAGAAAUUCAUCGACCUUGGUGCUCGUAGAGUGCUUGUGAAUGGACUUUCCCAGUCUGGUUGUACACCAGUUCUUCUUACAAAAUUCUCUUCUAACAAUUCUGCUGAUGCUUAUGAUAGAUUUGGUUGUCUAAAGAGCUACAAUGACUUGUACAUUUAUCACAAUGAUCUUCUCAGAGAAGGCAUUGAAGAACUGAAAAAGGAAUACCCUAAUGUAGAUAUAGUGUAUGGUGAUCUUUACAGUGCAAUGCAAUGGAUUUUGGACAACUUUCAACAACUUGGGUUCAAGUCAUUAACAAAAGCUUGCUGUGGGGCUCCAAGUAAGUAUAAUUACAUUGACAACCCUAUGAAAGCUUGUGGAGCUCCUAAUGCAACAGUCUGCGAUAAACCUCAAGAAUAUAUCUUUUGGGAUGAAAUUCAUUUUACUCAAAAUGCAAAUGAGCAUUUGGCAAAUUGGCUUCUUAGAGAUAUCUUCCCAAAGUUUCACUGCAACAAAGCUUGUCAAAGUUGA